AUGGCCAGGUCGGCCCUCUUCACAGGAGCCCUGCUGUUGCUGCUUCAAUUCACCAUAGCCACUGAGCCUCAAUCGUGUUAUGCUCCUGAUGGAACAAAGAUUGAUUCCAGAUUCAUGCCAUGUAUCUCAAUGGAUAAUACCGAAUCGAUGUGUUGCAGGUUGAAUGACACCGAUCCUGACAUCUGCCAGCCAAACGGGCUGUGUUAUUGGGAUAAUGAGGCAGGCGAUGGUAACAAGCAAGGUUAUUAUCGAUCACUGUGCUCCAAACAAGACUGGGAUACUCCCAACUGCUUGCCCAAGACGAUGUGUGACGCAGAUGCUGGAGGACGCUCAGACUACACUUCUCAACUGAAUCGCUGCCCUGAUGGAUCCUUUUGUUGCGGAAACACCAACGACUGCUGCACUGAGAAGAAAAUGUUUACCGUUGCCCCAACCUUGGUUCAAAUUGGGUCUUCCACAGAUGCCACCGGUGCUUCGACGGUAACGGCCACAACCACCUCUUUUUCAAAAGCCGGUCGCGAAAGCUCAUCGAUGAAACUCGCUGUCGGGCUCGGAGUGGGUAUCCCGUUAGCAUGCCUUGCGGUCGCGGCGGCCGGUGGGGGUUUUUGGUGGGGGAGAAGAACGUUGGCCGCAAGACACGAACUCGCGGCCAAUGGGCAUCAGGGAACGCGAGUCAGAGGAGAACAGGUCCAUCUGGCAGCUUCUAGGCUAAUUCAUGAAGCCGAUGGGGUUGAUUUUUCGAGGAAGACAUUGCCGUUGGAGCUCCCUACAGAUCGAAAUGAAUCCCUAUCGAGACAUUGA